CUUUUUUUCAUUUCUCUAGUGUUCCGUGACAUUGCCAGUCAACAAUGCCACGGAAUAUACUCCAUUUAUCAAAUGAUGCUUAAGGGCCAUACCUAUAAGACGUUCAAGACAACAGCAGGUACGCCCGAAUGCAGAGACAUUUGUCUCGCUGAUGACAGAUGUCAAAGCUUUAAUGUCGUCACGUUCAUUGCAAUCUGUGAGUUAAACAACCGAACUAAAGAGGCCAGACCAGAGGACUUUGUUAAGGACGAGUAUAGAUAUUACAUGGCGAAAGGUCCAAAACGAGGUAAUAGAACUUGCAAAUAUAAAAUAGUAGGGUGCUUACGUUUAUGGAUUUUGCGUUAUUAGCUACUGAUGUUUCUAACUUUUAUUCAGCUAAAGUGAAAUAUUUCCAUUUCAGUUCCCCUAGGAUCAAUCCGUGAGCUGCCUGCUGAAUCGUGCAAGGAAAUCAUGGCGAGUGAAGGAGAACAAGCAGUUAACGCUAAUUAUUGGCUGGAUUCUACAAGAUCUGGGAACUCUAUUUUAGCUCGCUGCGACAUGAAGACAAAAGGUUAGUACAGCAAACAUUCCAUGGCUAUUUGCCUUCGUGCCAAUGAAAGGCCUUCUCUUAAUCAGUUUUCUUUUUAACUAGUUGCAGACUAUUGUGUCAAGCACCAGUGCCAAAACGAUGCAAAGUGUGUCAACCGUGAAACCAACUACUCGUGCGCAUGUAACUCAUCUGGUUGGACAGGAAAAUAUUGCGAAAAAGGUUUUUCUUUCGUUGAAAAAGUUUCUGCUAAAGUUCAUGCGGAACAAGUAGAUGAAAUAACGACAUUAAAAUAACAUAUGCUUAUCCAUAGAUAUCAACGAAUGUAAGGAAGGCUUGCAUGGUUGCCAUGUCAAUGCCAUUUGUAGCAACACUAGGGGAUCCUACAACUGUACAUGCAAACCGGGAUUUAUUGGAGACGGACAAAACAGCUGCAAAGGUAAGGCUUUUAUUGUCAUUUUCAUUAUCAUUAUCAUCUCCAUUAGAAUCCUUUACGACCCCCUUUGCCUCGCCUUCGCCCAAUGUUUUUUUUGAGUCACAGACAGGAAAAUAUUGUGAAAAGGGUUUUUAAUUUGUUGAAAAAGUUUCUGUUAAAGUUCAAACUGAACAAAUAAGAUGAAAGAACGGCAUUAAAUUAACGUGUCAUGUAAAUGCCAUUUGUGACAACACUGAGGGCUCAUACAACUGUACAUGCAAACCGGGAUUUAUUGGAGACGGAAGAAAC